AUGGACAGCUUACUGGAGCAUGAUGGCCAGCACCAUGGUGACAGCGUGGUCGCGGUAACACUGGAUCUACUCUUCUCCAGCCAAGGCCAUCAGCCGCCGCUGCCCGAAGCUGCCUCCAACUCCUCCUCCUCUUCAUCAUCCGACAUCACCAUGACCGCUGCCCGUGACCUUGUCGCCACCGCGGAGGAGGCCGGGGAAGAGGAGCCGCCGGCGAGGGUUUUCUCGUGCAACUACUGCCAGAGGAAGUUCUACAGCUCCCAGGCGCUCGGCGGCCACCAGAACGCCCACAAGCGAGAGAGAACCCUCGCCAAGCGAAGCGGCGGCGGCGGACACCACCAGCAUCUCCUCAUGAUGAGGGCCCCCUCGUCUUUUCACCACAUGGGAUCCUCCUCCCUUUUGUACCCGAGCAUCGCCUCCCUCCCGCUGCACGGCCGCGGCGGCGGAGGAAACAACAGGCCGGCGGUGCUUGGGAUUCAGGCGCAUUCUCUCAUCCACAAGCCGCCGCCUUUUGCUCAUAGUAACUACAACAGGCAGCUCGUUAGCAUGGGUGAUCACCAGCGGCCGGCGGUUGGCAAGCUGCCGCCGGCCUCUUCCGCUGGGAGGUUCGAAGUCAAUUACGGUGGUGGGUAUUGGUGGGGUGGCGACGGAGGCGGCGGCCAGUGCUCGAGUUAUUCCUCUGCCGCCUCGCCGGCGGCGGCUGCGGCGGCUAAACACGAUGAUCUGCAAAAGCUUGAUCUCUCUCUUAAGCUGUAA